UAUGACGUAUGUGAUACGCGACAGCGGUUAGCUGUUAGCGCCGAAGAACUGAGGAGGAUGGCGAGCUCGUCGAGUUACGUCAAAGUCGAAUUUUAGUCAACUCGUUGCUAUCCCCAACGUUGUACGAAUUAGACGGGAUUCCCAGGACGCGGUUACAACAUUAGAUGAAACAAAAGGAUCAAUGUCUUUUCUUCGCUGGGUGUCUGAGAGAUUGAGUGUGGAGAGCCUGCGGGAUUUGGAGUUGUUUGGAGAGCAAUCUCAGGAAGUCUCUCACAGGGAAGCCCAUGAGGACAGCAGGGAAAGCGUGACGUCCCUUCCACGUGGAGACACCAUGGGCAGCUUCCUCCCAGACAGCAGCGCCUAUCAGUUGCUCGCCGUUAUCGGUAGGCCCUUCUCAUUUUAUCAGGACGGUGGUGAACCUCAGCAAUGUGAGCUUGAUCAGCGAAAAUCCAGAAACGAUAUAAAAGGCCGAGGCCUGGACCACCUGAUGACUGUCAACCGGGCUCUGUACAAACCCACUGGGGAGCACGUGGCCAUACGUCGCAUCGACCUGGAGUCGUGUACUAACGAAAUGGUCGCCUACCUGCAGGCCGAGCUGCACGUGUCCAAGUUGUUUCACCACCCCAGUAUUUUGCCCUACAAGAGCGUCUUCAUCGCUGAGAACGAGUUGUGGGUCAUCACCCCCUUCAUGGCGUAUGGAUCGGCCAGAGAACUGGUCAGCACGUAUUUCCCUGACGGCAUGAGCGAGCUCACCAUCGCAUACAUCUUACUGGGCAUCCUCAAAGCGCUGGAGUACAUCCACCAAAUGGGAUAUGUGCACAGGAGUGUCAAGGCCAGCCACGUUCUGAUUGCUGCCGACGGCCAGGUGCGCAUGUCUGGCCUUCGCAGCAUCUUCAGCCUGAUCCGUCACGGCCGGCGGGCCAAGGUGGUCCACGACUUCCCGCAGAACAGCGUCAAGGUGCUGCCGUGGCUCAGCCCUGAAGUGCUGCAACAGAACCUGCAGGGCUAUGACUUUCGCUCAGAUAUCUACAGCCUGGGCAUCACAGCGUGUGAGCUAGCUAACGGACACGUUCCCUUCAAAGACAUGCCGGCUACGCAAAUGUUACUGGAGAAGCUCAACGGGACAGUGCCGUGCUUGCUGGACACCACCACCAUCCCGCCGGAGGAGCUCUGCAUGAAGCCAUCGCGCUCCGGCGCCGACUCGGGCAUCGGCGAGGGGCCAGGAGGAGGCGGCGGCGGCAGUGUUGGCGGGGUCCGCCACUCCAAUGGCGAACCGACUUCCUCGUCCGCACACCCGUACAACCGCACUUUCUCGCUGCACUUUCACGCCUUCGUCGAGUUGUGUCUUCAGAGGGACCCGGAGAAGAGACCCUCCGCCUCCGCUCUCAUAGGUCAUCCCUUCUUCAAGCAGAUCAAGCGGAGGCCCUCGGAGGCGCUGCCCGAGCUGCUGAGGCCCGCGUCGCCCAUCGGCAGCAGCGAGAGCUCCCAGCCACCGCCGCCGUCCAGACUGGCCAGCCUGGAGUCGGGCCUCAGCCACCUGGACGUGGACGACUGGGAUUUCUGACCAACUCGUGUCUGAGUGUAAAUAAGUUGCCGUUAACUCUUCUGAGCCGGUUGGCGUUGCGCUACCUUUGUUUCUUGUCUUAAGACGGCCUCCUUUUCCUCUCAGGCUUUGUACAGAAUAUGCUCUACCUCGCUCGCACACAUCACACGCACACGUUUGCAUGUUCCUUUACUGGCUCCUGUGUAUGAAUGUUACUGAUUUGACAAUAAAAGCGAUGUUUCCGCUUGCUAAAAAA